UUUCCCCCACAAAAUUACAAUCCCCAGAAUACUGAAUGAGUUUUUGGUCACUUGACAAAAUGACAGAGUGACACAUCUUUACUUGCUGUACUUCCUACCUCCUCUUUGUUUUUAGCUGGGUGUUUCAGCCCUCUACUUUGCCUCACAGGCGGUUAUGGAAGUGUGUAAUUGUGUUUGCAUUGCAUCUUAAGUUAUGAUUUUUAAUAAAACAUAAAAAUAAACACAAAAUGUAUCCAAUAUGCUUAGCUUGCUAUAUUUAGUGGUUUUAAUCAUUAUUUAGUUGUGUCUGAAAGUCCAAAUUCAGGGCACACAUAUUCACACCAAUCCGUGUUACAUAGAAAACCGUCCGCCUCAUAUUUCCGCCGGGAAAUGCAUGCACGCCGAAAGUUCCUAGCUGUCAGCACAGCCAUCUAAUCUCAUUGAGUCCAAAUGAAGGUGAGGGAGGUGUCGCGCCGUUCUCUGUUUACCUGAGACACACCUGUACUACUCCUGUGUGUUGUUAGCACACACACACACACUCCAGUCUGACCUCCAGCCGAGAGAGAGAGAGAGGACGAAAACACCGACAAGGUCAGUGACAAGAGCCGAGACAACACGAGCUGCAGCAUGAAGCGUCUCCCGGUGCUCGCGCUGCUCCUCUGGAUCUGCGCGGUGUACUUUGUGGGUGUCUACCUGUUCGUCGGCGGCUUCCUGCUGGUGAGGCUGGAGGUGAACCGGACCAGUACCUGCGGAGACGUGCUGCAGCCCGGUGGAGGUGGAGGUGGAGGUGGAGGUGGAGGAGAGAAAGAGGAGGACGACUUCUGCCGGGUUCGGCCGCGUUUCCGCCGGGCUGUGCUGCUCAUCAUCGACGCCCUGAAGAUCGACUUCGCCUGGUUCGACCCGAACAACACGGAGCCCAGACCGUACGAGAACAAGCUGCCGGUGCUGGAGGAGACGGUGUCCUCCAGGCCUUCACACAGCCGGCUGUACCCGUUCAGAGCAGACCCACCCACGACCACCAUGCAGAGGAUUAAAGGCUUCACCACCGGGUCGCUGCCUACCUUUGUGGAUGUGGGGAAUAACUUUGCAUCCAGUGCCAUCCUGGAGGACAACCUCAUCCACCAGUUUGGGCAAGUGGGCAAACGAGUGGUGUUCAUGGGCGACGACACUUGGGAGAAUCUUUUUCCCAAGAAGUUCCACCGCUCUCUGCCCUUCCCGUCUUUCAACGUCAAAGAUCUGCACACCGUGGACAACGGCAUCCUCCAGCACCUCUACACGACUAUGGUGGGGGACGACUGGGAUGUCCUGGUUGCUCAUUUCCUCGGAGUGGAUCACUGCGGUCACAGGUUCGGUCCCGACCACCCGGCCAUGGCCGACAAGCUCACCCAGAUGGAUGGAGUCAUCAGGUCUGUGAUUGACCGUCUGCAGAACGACACCCUCUUGGUGGUGAUGGGAGAUCACGGGAUGACGGACACCGGAGAUCACGGCGGAGAAAGCCAGAAGGAGACCGACGCCGCCAUCUUCCUCUACAGUCCCUCCCCUCUGUUUCCCGGACCGCCGUCCCAGAGUGAACCGGACGUGGUGCCCCAGACAGACCUGGUGCCCACCCUGGCUCUGCUGCUGGGAGUUCCCAUCCCGUACAGCAGCGUGGGGCAGGUCCUCCUGCCUUUAUUCCCUCCUCACAGGCAGACUGAAGGUGCAGUUGGAGGUCUCAGCCAGCUGGAGGCGCUGUGGAUCAACGCAAAACAGGUCAACCGUUUCCUGGAGACAUACUCUGGCAUGGCCAAAGACAUCCCACCGGAGAGCCUCUCUCAGCUGAAGGGUGAAUUCUCCCGCCUCUCCUCUGAGUACCUAACCGCGGUCAGAGAGGGCAGGUCGCCCUCCCCGCAGCUGGCCGCCGCGCUGCAGGCCUACCUCACCUCCGUCAGAGACACCUGCCGAGCCACCUGGGCUCGAUUCAGCCCGCUCAAGAUGGCAGCGGGUUUAGCCAUCCUGGCGUUCGCCUGCUUGACGUGUUUCAUCCUGUCCGAGCUGUCUCUCGUGCUGAUCAGGGAGAACGGUCCCGGACUGAAGGCCCCGAUCGUCGCGGCGCUGGCGGCGGGGGUUUGCGCGGCUGCCAGUCAGCUGCUCACGCUCGGCUACAUCGAGGUGGCGUGGUGCCUGGCGGCUGCCGCCCUCAGCUCCGAACUUCUCUUCCUCUGGAGAGCUCGUCGAUGCAGAACCGUUAUUGUGCAACAGAACGGAUCCAAAGCUCCAAAGUAUGCCAGCUGGCUGACCAUGCGGCGUCUCCUCGUCCCCCCUCUCUUGGUGCUGCUCCUCCGUUGUGUUUCCCUGUUCUCGGAUAGCUACGUGAUCGCUGAAGGCCGGACGGUGACCUUUCUGGUGUUCUCCCUGGCUCUCUAUAUUCCUAUCCAUCUCAACUGGGAUGGCCUGCUCUUACCGCCCAACCACGACCCUCUGAAGGCCGCAGGGAUCCUGCCCUCCCCGGCGUUGUCCCCGUCGACCGUGAGGAAAGAAAGCGGCACCCUCCUAGCCUGCUUAGGACUUCUCGUCGGAAGCCUCUACCUCUCUCUUUCCUUCCACGCCUGUCGGGAAGAACAGGGCUCCUGCCAGCCCUCGCCGUUCCUUUCCCCUCUUUCCCGUUUGCAGGACAGCCAGCUGAAAAACCUCCACUACGUCCUCUCCGUCUUCUCCCUGGGCUUGUGGACGUUUCUGCUGAGACGCUGCCUCCGCCACUACGGCAACCUCAACUCCUCCGGUGGGACGGUGUUCACGGCCCGCUGGAUCCUGCCGCUGCUGUCCGUGUGCCUGGCGCUCUACUGGGCCGUUAGUGCCACUCCGGAGGACAGCUUCAGGAAUCUGGCCGAGCUGAUCGGCCUGGCCCAGCUGGCCCUCCCCAGGGCCGCCUUCUGUCUCCUGGGACUGGGGCUGUCCUUAAUCUGGCUCGAUCCCCUCACCGUGUUCGUGAAGGCCAGGGCCGCCGCUUCGGCCAGGAGUUCGUCCAUGCCCCCGCCGAGCUACCGAGCGAGCACCGGCAUCAGCCCCCAAGCCGAGCUGCACCACCUCAUCCCCCAGAUCUACCAGCGCAUGCGUCGCUCGCUGGACGACGGAGAGCUGAGCGCGGGCGGCGGCGAGGUGGACAGCAGGCCCGCCGUGGAGGCCUACGGACUGGGAUCCGUCUACUCUGCCCCUUUGCUGCUGUUUUGUGGCCUGCUGGGAAUCGGUCUGCUGCUGCUGCACCCAGAGGGCAUGGCUCUGUCUUUCCUCCUGCUGCUGCUUGAAAUGGGGGCUCUGUUGCACAUUCAGGCUUCCUCCACAACCCUCAGCGGCCUGCAUGGGACAUAUUCUGGUGGCUUCAAUGUGCCCUGGACUCCAGUGGUGCUGUGGUCCCUGGCCGCCACCCAGUUCUUCCACGCCACAGGUCACCUUCCCACCUUCCCCUCCAUCCAGUGGGGCGCUGCCUUCGUGGGAUUCCCUGAUGGACACACAGGCACCAUACUGCCCGCCUCGCUGGUCAUCCUCAACACUUUUGCCUCGCACAUCUUGUUCGCAGUGGGUUGUCCGUUGCUGCUCUUCUGGCCCCUGGUGUGUGAGGUGCGUGGGAGCAGAGGAGGAAGAGCUUGUGGUGAAGAGGGAGAGGACGCUGUGAUGGAGAUGAGGCUGAGAGAAAACCCCCAGCAGUUCAGCGCUGCCCUUCUACAGCUCUCAACGCGCUACCUCUUUAUUCUCGGAGCACAGGUCUUUGCUUCAGUCUGUGCAGCUGCUAUCCUCAGGAGACACCUAAUGGUGUGGAAGGUUUUUGCACCCAAGUUAAUGUUCGAGGCCUCAGGGUUCCUGGUGAGCAGCGCGUCUCUGCUGAUCGGGGUCACAUUAGUGCUGAGAGUAGACGUGGCCGUGGGCCGCUGGUUUAAGAAACUUCUCCCCGAUGCAUCCAGGUAGCGACGGUACUGCUGCUGCUGCUGCUGCUGCUGCUGUUUUACCACGGAAGCCCACCAGAGCUCACUGUGCCACAGAGAAAACGGACACGGCGGUGUCACUGUACAGUUUUUAUAUGGAACUCUCACACACAAAAAACAAACAAAAACAUUGCCAUCUGUGUCUAGCAUAAGCAUCCCCACAAACAUGUCAUGUGCGGUUGCCACUUAUUGUUACUCUUUUGAGGGCUAUGUUGUGCACUGAGGCCCACCUCCUUUUCAGCCGGGAGGAACAUCAAAUCUCGGACUGACCGAACUCUGAACAUCUGGAAUCACACUGAAGAUGUGUUUUUUUUUUUUUUUACAGUGAUAUGUUGUAGACCACCUCGCACAAGCUCAUGAGGGUCGAAGGCUUUUAUUUGUAUGUGGUCGGAGAAGGAACAGCAGUUUUUGAAUGUCUCAACUAACUUAUAGCAUGGAUGAAACCUUCCAGCUACUCUGGAGCUACUUUAUGAUCAGAUGUACUCCAUUUGGUGCAUUACACCGUGUCUGUCAUCGUGUCUGCUGGAGGAACUUUUCCAUCUUUUUGUAUGUUUUGUAUUUUCAAGAUGUUGAAAUAACCAGCGCGUUACUGGUUACUGCCAAUUCACAUCGUAUUACUGUGAACUUUUUUUUUUUUUUACACAGUUUCAGGUUCUUAAUCGGUUGUGGUCUUUUUUUUUUUUUUUUUUUUUUUUUUAAAAGGUUGAUUACUAACUCAAAAUGCCUAUUUAUAAUUCAGAUUCUUUUAAUCAUUAAUGAUACGUUUUUUUAAUCUCAAAUGAAACUUUUGUCUUAAUUAGGCCCCAUACAUCUUUCCCCUGGAAUAGGUGCCUAGCGUUGACCAAUGCCUUUUUUUUCUGCGUACAAUUUCAUUAUGUUGACGGGGUCAUUAAAUCCAGGACCUCCAGUCAGUCAGUUAAUUUAUUUCUGCAGGGCGUCUGAGUCAGUGUCCGACGUAAGAUCUGCUACUGUAGUCAGCAGCUAAAGCUCAUUAGCUAAUGUACAAUAUCGAAGGGAUGUUGACUCAGGAUGAAUUAGCUGCAAUGCAAUAGUGCUGCAUUUCUCAGGCUGUUGUAUGGGAGUGACUGGUCAUAAAGAGUGAUCAGCCCGAGUGAUUGUUUGGCUAGGUUGUGCGAUGACGGGGCACUUUUUUUUUUUUUGUUCUAAAAUGAUUAAUAUAUAAAUAUCUGAUUAAUUAAGAUUUUUUUUUUUUCAUUCUGUGAAAAAUGUAAUAAAACUUUUUUACAUGAAA